GGCCUUCCCCUAGAGGGAAAAAAGUCAGCAAUCGAGAAUGUGUUUAGAAUGUAAAAUCUGAAGAUAAUAUGAGAAGCCAGAGUUUGGCAUGUGUUACUACUCUUGGGGCACUUGGUUGACAAUAACACUGCAUGCAAAACCAUGACCACUGUAGCCAAGGCAGUCUAUAUGGCUGUAUGUUAUUUAGUUUAAUUUCUAGUUUGGUUUUAUUUUCUUUGAGUUGCUCUGAGUCCAAGCUGACAUAGGAACAAUUGGAAGCGCCUAUUUGCUCUCCCGAAGAAGCCCUGGUAGCACAGUGGUUAAAAUACUUGGAGGCUACCCGAAAGGUAGGUCGGUGGUUUGAACUCACGAGCUGCUGCACAGGAGAAGGAUGUGGUAGUCUGCUUCCCUAAAGAUUUACAGCCUUGGACACCCUAUGGGGCAGUUCUACUCUAUCCUACAGGGUCGCUGUGCUUCAGAAUUGACUCGAUGACAAUGGGUUUGGUUUUUUUGUAAUUUGUUCUUAUCAACCAAACUGCAACUAAAUUAGCCUGUGGAAUGUCUUUUAUUCCCAAGGUCUAAAUUUGAUUGAACAUAACUGAAAUACUUAUUGAAAAUUCUGAGGACCUUAAACUUUCUUGUAUGCUAGUUAAGUUCGUCUCCCAUUCACAUUACCCAAAAAUGUGUUGGAGAAGAAAAAUGUGGCUAUCUCAUCCCUCCCCUUAUUCUGCUAUUGCUGUUACCGAUUUUAGAAGUCUGUCUCAGAGGGAGGUUGUGGGUUAUUGCUUUUCAUUCAUAGGGAGGUCAGUUUCUAAUCCUGUUCAAUCAGAAAUGAUUAAACGUGUUGAUGACUUCUCAGUUCAGCCCCGCUCAUGGACAUGUUAUAAAAAUCAUUGUGUAAUUUAGCACAGUCUUUGCUGAGAACUCAAGGACUUGAAUAGCAGUGAGAAUACAGGUCAGACCCUGGGGUAAAUUGGGAGCUGUAUUGCUGGAGCUCAGCUGGAAUAAGAGGUUGCUGUAGGUUAUGAUGGAGCCACAAUAGAGGAUCACGUGGGACAGAGCUUCUACAACAUCUUACUCUGCUCUGCUGUAAUUGUCUUUCUUUUCGUAGGUGCACACAUAAAGUCUGAAUAAACCUAAACCAAUAUAUAAAAUGUACAUCAGAAUUCCUUUUGGCUACCCUUAUUUUUGGUGAAAUACGGAGGUGGGGAGCAUUUGAAGUAUUUCCAUACCCUGUUCAAAGACAGUACCACCUUUCCAUUCUCUCUGUUUCAUAUGAUGUGGUUGAAAAUUUUUAACAUCAGGGUCUGGAUGCAGAUAGUCUCCGUGUGGAACCACUGGGUGAAGACAAUUCCGGGGCACUCUAUUGGUAUUUCUAUGGAACACGAAUGUACAAGGAGGACCCUGUACAAGGAAAAUCCAGUGGAGAAAUCUCUUUGAGCAGGGAAAGUGAAGGACAAAAAAAUGUCUCAAAUGUUCCUGGAAAAACAGGAAAAAGAAGAGGAAGACCUCCAAAACGGAAAAAACUGCAGGAGGAGAUUACGGUGAGUGAAAAGCAGGAAGAGAACUCCUUGGCAUCUGAGCCACAGACAAGAAAUGGGUCCCAAGGGCCAGGCCAAGGUACUUGGUGGCUCCUGUGCCAAACAGAAGAAGAAUGGAGACAGGUCACUGAGAGUUUUCGAGAGAGAACUUCCCUGCGAGAAAGGCAGCUCUACAAGCUCCUCAGUGAGGACUUCCUGCCUGAAAUCUGCAACAUGAUUGCCCAGAAGGGAAAGCGUCCACAGCACAAAAAGGCAGAGUGGCAACCUAGGUGGAUGUCUGACCACCUGUCUGUCAAAUCCAUCAAGCACGAGGAAACUCCUGUGCUUACCAGAAUAGAAAAACAAAAGCGCAAAGAGGAGGAAGAAGAACGUCAAAUUCUUCUAGCAGUUCAGAAGAAGGAGCAGGAACAGAUGCUAAGGGAAGAGAGGAAACGGGAGUUAGAGGAAAAGGUCAAGGCAGUGGAAGAUCGAGCUAAGAGGAGAAAGCUCAGGGAAGAACGGGCGUGGCUGCUGGCUCAAGGAAAAGAGCUCCCCCCAGAACUUUCACAUCUGGACCCCAGUUCCCCUAUGAGGGAAGAAAAAAAGACCAAGGACCUCUUCGAGCUGGAUGAUGAUUUCACCGCCAUGUAUAAAGUUCUAGAUGUGGUAAAGGCUCACAAGGAUUCCUGGCCUUUUUUGGAACCUGUGGAUGAAUCUUAUGCCCCUAACUAUUACCAGAUUAUUAAGGUCCCCAUGGAUAUUUCAAGUAUGGAGAAGAAACUGAACGGAGGUUUAUACUGUACCAAGGAGGAAUUUGUAAAUGACAUGAAGACUAUGUUCAGGAAUUGUCGAAAAUAUAAUGGGGAAAGUAGUGAGUAUACCAAGAUGUCUGACAAUUUAGAGAGGUGUUUCCAUCGGGCAAUGAUGAAGCAUUUUCCUGGCGAAGAUGGAGACACGGAUGAAGAGUUUUGGAUCAGAGAGGAUGAAAAGCGAGAAAAGAGACGGAGUCGAGCUGGGCGAAGUAGUGGUAGCCAUGUUUGGACCCGCUCCAGAGAACCUGAUGGGCCUGGCAGGAAACAGCAGCCCGUGGAAAAUGGAGGAAAGUCACUGCCUCCUGCACGUUGCCGCGCUUCCUCUUCUGGGGAUGAUCAGAAUAGCAGUUCCACACAGCUCCCUCGGGAGGUGGGGGCUUCCAAUGGCCAAGGCUUUUCUCUUUCCCUGCAUUACAGUGGGAUGCCCAACCAGGCACCUCUUUUAAACCAGAUGAGACCAGCAGUACCAGGAGCAUUUGGCCCUCUUCAGGGAUCAGAUCCUGCCGUCUUAUAUGGCUCCUCUAGAGUCCCAGAACCACAUCCUGGAGAGCCUGUUCAGCAUCAUCAACCCUUUGGCAUGCAGUCCCCAGUUGGAAUGAACAGCCACCGAGGACCCAGGCUAGGAACACCUGAAGAGAAGCAAGUGUGUGGGGGGCUGACACAUCUUUCUAGCAUGGGCUCGCAUCCUGGAUCCUUGCAGCUUGGGCAGAUAAGUGGCCCCAGUCAGGAUGGAAACAUGUAUCCCCCAGCUCAAUUCCAGCCAGGAUUUAUUCCUCCCAGGCAUGGUGGGGCUCCAACCCGACCCCCAGACUUUCCUGAAAGCUCAGAAAUUCCUCCCAGCCACAUGUACCGCUCAUAUAAGUACCUGAAUCGAGUACACCCUGCUGUCUGGAAUGGGAACCAUGGUGCUACAAACCCAGGGCCCUUGGGGCCAGAUGAAAAGCCCCCCCUGGGGCCAGGACCCUCUCACCAGCCUCGCACUCUUGGUCAUAUGAUGGAUUCCCGAGUGAUGCGACCACCUCUCCCGCCAAACCAGUGGACUGAACAAUCAAACUUCCUACCUCAUGGAGUUCCUUCUUCAGGGUAUCUGCGCCCAGCCUGUAAAUCUGCUAUACAUCGGUUACAGCCUCCAGCCGCAGCGCAUGGUUCUUUGUUUGGAACACCCUCCCCGGCUCUGCGAGGGGUCCAGGGAGGGGACUCCAUGAUGGACAGCCCAGAGAUGAUUGCCAUGCAGCAGCUUUCCUCCCGUGUUUGCCCACCAGGUGUGCCUUACCACCCCCGACAGCCCACUCCCCAUUUACCUGGCCCUUUUCCACAGGUAGCUCACUCAGCAUCAGUAAGUGUAUCAGCCCCCAAGCCUGCCUUGGGGAACCUUGGGAGGACACAGGAUAACAGUGAAACAAAAGAGCCUGAGAAUGACCGAGCAGAGCCUUUGCCUGGGCUUGAGGAGAAACCACCAAGUGUUGGUGCUUCAGAGGAGGUGUACCUCAAACAACUACCUCACCCUGCACCUCCCCUGCAGACUGAUUGUACCAGGCAGAGCUCACCCCAAGAAAGGGAGACAGAGGCCCCCGAGCUCAAAAGCGACUCCUCAGAAUCUGGAGACAACUGCAAAGCAACCAAGGGAAAGAAUACCUGGCCCUCAGAUAGCAGCUACAGCAGCCCAGCUGCCCAAGGAUGUAUGAGAGACCUUUCCACUGUGGCAGAGAGAGGGGCUCUACCCGAAAAUGGAGUGAUCAGUGAAGCAUCCCCUUGUGGAUCAGAGGGGAAGAGCCUUGGUGCUAGUGGUUCAGAAAAGCCACUCUGCCCCAGAGGCAAAAUACUGCAGGAAACCAUGCUGUGUACAGGACAGAACGCAACUACACCUCCCAGUGCAGAUCCCAAUUUGAUGGGAGGCCCUGUAAGCCAGUUUUCUCCCCUGUACAUGCCAGGCCUGGAGUAUCCAAAUUCAGCUGCGCAUUACCACGUCAGUCCAGGCCUGCAGGGUUUGGGCCCUGUGAUGGGAGGGAAAUCCUCAGUAUCACACCCUCAGCAUUUCCCCCCUAGGGGCUUUCAAUCUAAUAGCCCUCAUUCUGGCAUCUUUCCCCGAUAUCGCCCCCACCAAGGAAUGACGUAUUCCUACCAGCCACCACCUCAGCCUUCCUAUCAUCACUAUCAGCGAACUCCUUAUUACACGUGUCCACAGGGCUUUUCUGACUGGCAAAGACCUCUCCAUCCCCAGGGAAGCCCAAGUGGGCCCCCAUUUACUCAGCCUCCCCCACCAAGGCCUAUCUUCUCAGAUAAGAAUGCCAUGGCUAGCCUGCAAGGCUGUGAGACACUGAAUGCUGCCUUAACUUCCCCAACCCGAAUGGAUGCAGUGGCUACUAAGGUUGUCCCAACUGACGGGCAGAAUCCUGGUCCAGAGGAAGAGAAGCUGGAUGAAUCUAUGGAGAGGCCAGAGAGUCCCAAAGAGUUUUUAGACCUGGACAACCAUAAUGCAGCUACGAAGCGACAGAGUUCGUUGUCAGCCAGCGAAUAUCUUUAUGGAACUCCUCCUCCAUCUCUGAGUUCAGGGAUGGGUUUUUGUUCAUCUGCUUUCCCACCCCGUGGUGUGAUGCUACAAACAGGGCCUCCUUACACACCUCAGCAGCCAACCAGUCACUUCCAACCCAGGGCUUAUUCUUCCCCUGUGGCUGCUCACCCACCUCACCAUCCAGUGGCUGCUCAGCCUAAUGGCCUCCCUCAGGAGGGCCCCAUCUACCACUGCCAAGAAGAAGGCAUGGGUCACUUUCAAGCUGUAAUGAUGGAACAAAUUGGCACUGGAAGUGGGAUAAGGGGACCUUUCCAGGAAAUGUACAGACCAUCAGGAAUGCAGAUGCAUCCUGUCCACUCACAGCCCUCGUUCCCGAAGACCCCAGCAUCAGCAGCAUCGCAGGAAGAGCUGCCACCACAGAAACCCCCGACACUUCCUCUGGAUCAGAGCUAGUCCAAGGAGGACUGUCCCCCAAGGAAAUGGAAAGCUGCACAUGAAGCCUAGAACGUGGAGAAUUGGGGCAGCGAUCCUCAUGCAGCUCUGUUUCGGUCCCGGCACCCUCACAGCGCAUCACUUCCUGCCAUCCCAGAGCUGGAGCCGUUCACGGGGCCCCAGAAGCACACUCCUUAGAUGAUUGACACAUAGCCUGCAGUGCUCCUGGGCCACGGUCCUCUUGCAUCGUUGAUGUAGACAGUCAAGACCAAGUGAACCUGAAAUUAGUGAUCUUUUUCAAGUCCUGAGACUCUCGUUCAGGGAAGAGAAUUUUGGACUUGGGGAAGGGGGCAUACUUAAGAAUGGAGUGGUAUUUUUAAACUUUCAUGAGCAGCUAAACUCAGGUAUAUAUUUGGGAAGGGAGAGGUAAUUUACUACUCGUAGUAUUAAUGUGUUUGGAGCUGGGUCCAGUUUACGGAAUUUUCCUGUUGCCUUUUAAAAUAAUUUUUGUUGUUGGUGGUGAAUGUAUUGUACAUAAAGUGGGAAGGGUGGGUGGGGAUGUGGAAGAAUUGGGUGUCCCAACUGUGGUGGGCACACAGCACUGGAGUGAUCCUUAACUGUUUACAAUCAUGUCACACUGAAUACUUUCUGGGAGCUGGAGAAGAGGGUAGAAAAGGUUUUAUCUUGUAAUACCUCACUAACUUUCGUUAGUGACUGUCCGUCCUUUAAGAGCUGAAGGCCUUCCAGUCCAACUAAGAGAGUACAGUUAAACCUGUCCGCCUAACCAUUAGUUUCUCAGUUUCAAGGCAGAGUGCUCUCACAUGGCCUACAAGAAACUUCAACUCAAAAGACAGGCUGUUCUCUCACUCUGGUGGCCCCAGUCCUAGAUUUGAGAAAGUGGUGCCCCUUUAAAUCCUAUCAGUCCUGAUUUUGCCACCAGCCCUACCAAGUAGUUGUAAACGAGUAUCAGGAAUUGGGAUCACUGGAGUGUUUCACUUUUUAGAAGGUUAAAUGAAUUGUCCUCUUCUGGUGGACCUGCCAGGACUGUGAUCUAAAAAGCCUCACACAAAGCUUUCUGGCACAAAUCACAUUUUGUGGAAGUGACUACUCAGGUUUGUAUAUGUUAGUAUCAAUAAAGAUAUUGCACAGUUUUUUAAUAGGAAAAAAAUGUAUUCUGUAGAUUUACAGUUUGAAUUUAGGAAUAUUUCCGUAUAUAUAGUUUUUAUUCAUUUUAAGUGAAUCAUAGUCAAAUCAGUCAUGGUGAUUUAAAAUACCUAUCCAGAACAAAUCUUUGGAGAUCAUUUGUCAUAUCUGUGAUAGGAAACACUUUUACAGUAUUAAAUUACUUUACUACAGUUUUAGAAGUAAAUUACACUGGGUUUUCCUUGUUUAGCAUUCAUUAUUUGAUUUUUAGCUGAGAUCCCACCAAAGUUAGGGCCCAUACGUUUUGAAUUUAUGGCUAUCCCACAAAGAACACUAAGGAAAAUUUCCUGAAAUUACAGCUCUUUGUAAAGAAAGGCAUAUUUUUAGGAGUGCUUUUGGGAUAGUAGAAGAGCUUCCACAAAAUAGUAAUCUGUCCUAGCUUUUUAUAAAUUGAACUCUGGAGGGGCCGAUAGAACCCUUCCUUCCAAUCCCAGAGUCCUUGAUGGAAUGUGGAACUGUCGUGUUUAAAGUUUGCUAAAUGUAUGCUGUUGGUGGGAAAGUAAAAAAAAAAAAAAUGCGGGACGUUCGUGUUAUACAGGUGGAACCCAAGACACCAGCUCCAGUAUAGUGGAGAUCAUACGAAGAAGUGAUUGCUUAUUAACCUGGUGGUGUGGCCUAGGGCUCAGGCAGGGUUGAGUUGAGAAUACAGAGGCCUCUGAGGUGCAGUGCAUAGAAAUACUAAUUUUUCACCAAGAGGGACUUUAAUUUUAAAUGUUUUCAAGUGGAAUAAGUUUUGAGGCCAUGUUCUCCAUUUAUCCUGAUUCUUAGGAAUCUAACCACUGCCAUAAUCUGGCCUAAGAGAGGGUCAGUGCUUCCCCUUCAGGAAGAACAGAUCAGCAGAUUUGUGGUAGACCUCAGUCUGCCCUUGAGCUAGUAUAAGCUAAUAUGGUUGAAAGGUUACUACUUCUGUUUCUGUGUUUAUGCAGAAGCAAGGAGGAGAACACCACCAGCUGGUCUUUAUGGCUCGUUUGGGGCUGGUGAGGCCUGGUCCAGUCCCAGAGCAGUCUGCCACUGACAGCUCCUGUGUUCUUGUUAAAGCUGGUUUGAGUGAGAGGCCUGUGGCUCCUCCCUAACUAACCAUGGUGCUAAAGCUGUCGGGGGGUGCAGUGGGUAGGUGUGGACUCUAAGCAAUAGUUGGGCUCAUUUGUACCCUUUUCUUCUGAGCUCAUAGUAUUCGAGUAGCCAGGUACACACACUGGUCCUGGUAACCCUUUCUCCUUGCUCUUCCAGCUCCCUCCCCAAUUACUUGUUGCUAGAAAGAAGCUGUGAACAAUAUAGGAAGAUACCAGUAACUUCCUUCGUCCUUGAUCCCCCUUCUUGCUAUGUAGAGAGGUGAGAAAAUAUUAAGGAAGAGCAAUAGGAAGUUGAACUACUGUAUUAAAUUAUUAUAACACUGUGAACAAGAGCAACAGCAAAAUUGUCGGCCUCUUUGCAUCCCCCGUGGGAAUUUGGUUGUGUGUUAACAGGUAUCAGGCAUCAUCCCCUUGUCUAGUGUGUCCUGAGCUUUUACUGCUCUUUGAAGUACACACAGACCUGUUAGGAGUUGUCAGGCACUACAAGGUUGCAGAAACACUGGAUCAGAAGCUGCUGGAAACCACUGAACCACGCAUACCCACAGAGGAUCUCUCUUCUCACCUCUUCUUCCUCUCCUAGCACUUCUCUUUCCAAGUGUCUUAAGCAGAUGCAAUGUCUUAAAGCAGAUGCAGGCGAAUUUGCCAUCGUCUCCACUAGGGAAAUGGUGAUUAAGUGCUAUGUUAUAAUUAGAAGUAGUGUGUAAGGGUGUCCUAAAAAGGUUUGCUCUCAGGCUAGAAGGCCAUUUCACGCUGUAGGUCACUGUCGCUUGUCAGUGUGCUGGCUUGCAGUGGUUCCCAGAAGGGGUAAUUAGAAAUACCAUCACAUUUGAUUAAACAUUCAUGGGUAACCUUUGUUAGAGUUGCUAAUAAGCUCCAAACUGUUUUCUCCCAACCCAUCCACUGCCAUCCAGUUGAUUCCAACUCUAGCAACCCUGUAGGACAGGGUAGAACUGCCCCAUAGGGUUUCCAGGCCGUAAAUCUUUACGGAAGCAGACUGCCACAUCUUUUUCCUGUGGAGUGGCUGGUGGCUUUGAACUGCCGACCUUUUUGUUAUCAGCCAAGUGCUUAACCUCUGCACCACCAGGGCUCCUUUUCCCCCAGCACCCGAAAGAAAUAAAAGUAGGGCCUUUGGGAAGGUUGCUGUUUUGUUUUUCCCUCAGAAUCUGUUCAUUUUAAAAAGUGGCAGCAGCUUGGCUAUAAAAUGUAUUACGAUGGAUACAUGUGGAGAAUAAGGACAAAAUAUGCAAGAUUCUUUUUGUGUAGCUUUUACCACCCUACCCCUUAAAAAUAAAAUUAAGCCACUCCGUCUCUCCCGCAUCAGAUUGGCUUAGUUUUUCUGGUAGUGCACAUGAAUUGUGAGACUGCUCUCAAAAGGCAGAGUUUUUCUUGCCCAUCUUUUGUGUAUAUCGAAAACCUAAAGAGCUAUAGAUUGUGCCUAUUAGUUCAGUCAACCCUCAGCUUUAAGAGUAGGUUCUACCCUCACCCAGCCCUGAGGCCUUGAAAGUGCUUCUUGUAACUAACCAUUUGAUGUCAUUAUUAUCUUUUUUAUAGUAAUUCCUACAGGAGUCAAGGAAUAUGCUAAAUACCGUCCAAAACAUAAAAUCCCAGUGUUGCGGUCACUACAGAUGUCAGCAGCACACAUUUGAUCCAUACUACUUGGUUGAACUUUUUAAUUUUUAUGUUGUUAAUGGAAGUUCAAAUCUAUAAUAUACUACUCUCGAGACCUAAUUUGAAAUUUCACAAGCAUUCUUGGCCCAGCAGUCCCAAAGCAAGGGCAGUUACAUAGCGUCAGAAACCUCGCAUGUUUUCAGUGGUCCUCCACUUUCAAGGAAGUGAAAGAAAGGCUUAGGGGUUUCUAGCAUUAUGGUCCCCUUUGUGUCUGUUUGUUCACCCCCUGACCAGAGUCUUCAUGGACCCCUCUCGCAGAAGCCAUUUCUAUUUAUUAAUGAGCUGUGUCCUUUGAAAUCCUGUGAGGUUCUGGGGUUAAGUGUCUUUGCAGAUAGCCCUCCUAGACAACAGUUUCAGCAACAAUACUUGGAAGCAUGGUUGUAUGUGCAGAGGCUUCUAUUCCUGGACCCACAUCACUGUCCAAUAACUAAGACUGUGAAAGGAACUGGCCAAGACUCCCUUUUUCCUUUUUCAGUGGGUUGGGCUCUUUCUGAACCAUGCAGGCUUAGGCCAGUGGGUGUUGCCUUGCAUUCCCUUUGAGAAAACAGAACUUGGGUGAACAUUGCUGUAUCCCAUCUCCCAAGUUAAGCUGUGAUACAAGCUUUGUCUCCAAGCUCCAUGUUUUGUCAUUCUAAGCUCUGUAGACCUUUGCUAAGCAGACAUUUAGAGGGGCUGUCUCCUGGAUUCAGCUUGAACUUUUUACUUAAUCUCUUACUCUGCACCAGGGCACUGAUAUAACUCUUCUGUAGAAAUAACUGAUCAGCUGGUUAGCUGAUUGAUUGUCCUGCAUGUGGUUUUGAAAGGGGUGGGGUGGGGUGGGAACAGGGGUGUGGGUGUUGAGUAAGUUAUUGAAAUGCUGAACCCCGUUCAGUGUGCUAUACGUGACCCCUCCUCCUCCCCGUGGGGCUCGGGUACCUCACUGCUGCCUUCCACACAGCUCCUGGGAGCCCACGUCCGUCACCACCAGCCUGCGGCACACAGUGUCAGGGAUUCUUUGAUCCUGCUGCAGAAGCCGUGUGAACUUUCCUGGCCAGUACUGGAAAGGGGAAUGCUAUUUAUUUUUAUAUUGUGUAUGUUUUGUCGUGGUCUGCUGAUUCCCUGUUUCACUGAGAGCGACACUUACCUCAAUAGUUAGUUCGAUAUUGUGUGUUGGAUAAUUUUUUAAAAGAACUUUUUAAAAAGCUUUUUGAUUCUUG